UGUCUCUCAAGACAUCUUUCGCCAUUUCUCUUUUCCAUCUGUGCACGCCCACUCUGCUGCCAUGAGCACGCCUACCCUCCGCGACGCCCUCGCGUCCCACCUCGCAUCGCUACCAAACUCGUCCGAACUCGGCCUCACUGUCCUAACCUCCAUGCCGAAGCGCACGACCGCCAUCUUCCCACACUCUCCCAGCGCGGGCGUGCGCUGCUGGGAGACCGAGUAUCUGGUGGUGGUGCACUCGGGCGUGCCAGGCGAGACCGCGAACGGCACCUCGUCACACCCUCCAUCUCAGCCUGAGCCUUCCACCUCCAAUCCCACUUCCCAGACGCCAACCGACCCCUCUCCCACCGCUCCCGCUUCCUCCCCCUCACAGCCUACAUCUAACGGCGCGCCAUCAACCCCCGCCACCCCGCACGUCCUCGCGGCCGCCAUCUCCUGCCACCUCUACACCCUCCCCUCUCCCCCCGAUGCCCCCUCCUCGAUCCUGUACAUCUCCAAAGUCGACUCGUCCGGCUACGCCCCGCCGUCACCCAUCACGCGCGUCCUCGCCUCUGGCCUCCUAGCCUACUUCCUCGACCCCGCGACACGGCCGGGCAGCGCAAGCGGCAGCGUGACCGCGACGCUCUUCGCCCGCUCGCAGGGGCAGUACCUCUUCCCAAACUCUGUCGAGGGCGGGGGCAAGCGCGUCCUCGGCGGCCUCGGCCUCUGCCAAUGGUGGAAGAGCGUGUACGAGGACGCGGCGCGCCUCGCGCCCGCCGACCUCGCCUUCCUCCUCCCCUCGUACUCGGCGUCCGAAGCCAAGGGGAUCUUGGGCGCGCCCCGCCGCCCGCCCCCGUCCGAAUGGGAGUACGCGCCGCCCUUCCGCGCCCCGCUGUUCCGCGCGCGCCGCAGCCUUGCGACCCUCAUCCCGAGUCUCCCGGACGACCCCAAAACCCGCUUUUUGGAGGAGCUCGUCAGCGCCGCGCUCGACACGCCCGCGCCGCACGAGAAGGAGAAAGACAAGGAGAAGGAGAAGGAGAAGGGGAAGGAAAAGCAGAAAUCGCGCAAAAACGUCGAGGCAGCGGAAGACGAGGCCGACCGCCGCCGCGCACAUGCCGCGCUGGCCAAGAUUCCCGCCGGCGAGUUUUGGGAACGCAUGGGGUUCCGGCAAGAAUGCGCCAGCGGGGACGUCACGGGGUUCUUUAGUGCCUCCGUCGGGCCGAAGCGCGACGGCGGGGGCGAGAAAGAGACGAGCCCCGCGUCCAGUGACGACGGGGAGCGCGCGCGCUACGAGCCGCCCCGCGCGCCGCACUCUAUUUCCAAGCCCCUCGUUGAACGCAUCCUUACUUCGAUGCUCAACACCGACUUCGGGACGCGCGCACUCGCAUACGCUGGUACGGAGCAGUGGCUCGCAAGUACGCGCGCACUCGUGCUGGACGAGGUGGGAGAGGCUGGGUGGGACGCGAGCACAGCGACGAUCGCCUUUAAAAAAGUUGCUGCCACGCCUCCUCCGCCGAAGCGCAAGGAGGAGACGGUGACGAUGCUUCAGCCGCGUAAGAAAAAGCGAGUGUGAGAUCAUGCCCAUGUUUCGUUCUCUCCAUAUCUGCCUCAUCCCAUCACAUGUAGCAUCUACAACCAUGCAUAACUGUCCCGUCUGCUACACCUCUCGCUAUCUACUGAUGGACGGAGGGCCGACGCGGCCCAUCGCCACCCGCCUAUGCUGCUUUGUU